AUGGCAGAAGUCGUUAACAUGCCCGUCGAUUCCGUCGACCGCCUGGACGCCGGCGGUGCCGGCGGUCGCAAGGAGAAGUCAGGCGACGAGGACCCCCAAUCGUCGCCUCCGCCCCCUCCUCCCUUGCCUCCGCGUCGUCGCGACAGGGACUCCCGCGAGCGCCGGGACGACAGGGACAUCGACCGUCCUCCCAAUCGACGAGGAGGAGGCGAUUAUUACGACCGCAAUCGGUCCCCUCCGCCUCCGCCUAGAGACAGGGAGAGAGAUUAUAAGAGGAGGAGCAGUUUGAGCCCUCCGCCGGUUCCGUACAGGGAUCGGAGGCAUUCCCCGCCCCCGCGCAGGUCUCCACCGUACAAGAGGACGAGAAGGGAUGAUGGUGGUUACGACGGGAGGAGAGGAGGAAGUCCUCGAGGCGGCUUCGGGCCUGGCGAUAGAAGGCCUGGAUAUGAAUUCGGUGGUGGAUAUGACAGAGAGAUGGGUGGAAGGCCUGGGUACGGUGACGAGCGUCCUCAUGGUCGGUACAUGGGUGGUCGUGGUGGAUAUCAAGGCUGGGAUGCAGGUCGUGGUGGUUUUGGUGAUGCUGCCAAUGCUGGGUCUACUCAAAGAGAAGGUUUGAUGUCAUACAAGCAAUUCAUUCAGGAGCUUGAAGAUGACAUACUUCCUGCUGAAGCUGAACGCAGAUAUCAAGAAUACAAGUCAGAGUACAUAUCAACUCAGAAAAGAGUAUUUUUUGAUGCACACAAAGAUGAGGAAUGGUUAAAAGAUAAAUACCAUCCCACCAACCUGGUGACAGUCAUAGAAAGGAGGAAUGAACUUGUCCGCAAAGCUGCCAAGGAAUUUUUGCUUGAUCUGCAGAGUGGGACAUUGGAUGUAGGUCCUGGUGUCAGUGCUUUACCCCCAAGUAAGACUGGACAGACCACCAGCAACCCAAAUUCUGAUGAUGAAGGAGAUACCGGGGGCAAAAGAAAGCGCCAUGGAAGGGCACCUGGCAAAGAAUCUGAUGUGCUUUCAGCUGCUCCGAAGGCCCACCCUAUUAGUUUGGAUCCCAGAAGAAUUCAAGUUGAUGUUGAACAAGCACAGGCUCUUGUUCGCAAGCUUGACUCUGAAAAGGGAGUUCAGGAAAAUGUCUUAGCUGGUUCUGAGAGUGAUAAAACAAACAGAGAGAAAUCUCUUGGUGGCUCCACUGGCCCUGUUAUUAUUAUACGAGGGUUAGCCUCUGUUAAGGGAUUGGAGGGGAUUGAACUAUUGGACACUCUUCUGACUUAUCUUUGGCGGAUUCAUGGUGUCGACUACUAUGGGAUGCUUGAAACAAGUGAACCUAAAGGUCUAAGGCACAUUAGGGCAGAGGGAAAGACGUCUGAUGCUGGAAGUGGAGGACCUGAGUGGGAAAAGAAGCUUGAUUCCUGUUGGCAAGAAAGGCUGAGGGGACAGGAUCCGCUAGAAAUAAGGACAGCUAAGGAGAAGAUCGAUGCUGCAGCUGUUGAAUCUUUGGAUCCUUAUGUGAGGAAAAUCAGGGAUGAGAAGUAUGGAUGGAAGUAUGGUUGUGGAGCCAAGGGUUGCACAAAACUAUUUCACGCUGCUGAAUUUGUGCACAAGCAUCUGAAACUUAAGCAUACGGAAGUUAUCUUAGAGCUGACAUCCAAAGUGAGGGAAGAGCUUUAUUUCGAAAACUACAUGAAUGAUCCAAAUGCACCCGGUGGCACUCCUGUUAUGCAACGGCCUCAACUGAGAGACCGGCCAAUGCGGAAGAGGUUGGGUAUUCAAAGCCGAUUGAAGGACGAGCGUGGGAACAGGAGAGAACUUGACAAUCAAGCGAAUGGUGGUGAUAGAUAUGAUCGUUCCGAAAACCCACAAACACAAUCAGGGGAGUUCCAGUCAAAUAACAACGAUGGUCCUGAUGGUGGUAAUGGCGAUGAACAGAUGUAUGAUGGUUUUGGUGGACAAGGUGGAGGGAUUCAUCCAUUCCCCUCAGACAUACCCCCACCACCCGUCUUAAUGCCAGUUCCUGGUGCUGGUCCUCUGGGUCCUUUUGUACCUGCACCACCUGAGGUUGCCAUGCGGAUGUUCAGAGAGCAAGGUGGUGGUCCUCCAUUUGAAGGUGGUGGCGGCGGUAGGAAUCCAAGACCUGGUCCUCAAUUAGGCGGGCCAGCUCCCAUACUUCUAUCUUCAGCCUUUCGGCAGGAUCCACGACGUAUUCGCAGUUACCAAGACUUAGAUGCACCAGAAGAUGAAGUUACCGUGAUAGACUACAGGAGUUUGUAG